AUGCUUAAGGGUCCCGUGGACGAUGGAAAAGGCCAAUGCAUAACUUUAGUUUCUGUAAUUUCCUUACUGUCGUUAACAAUCGUAGUCGGUCAUGCACUGAUACUGAUAAUUUUGUGGAAAGAUCCUUUCAAGCGGUUUCGAACACCACCUACGUUUUUGGUUUACGGAAUGGUAUUGGCAAACUUUACUAGCGGGGUAAGCGCCGGCCCUCUUUUUUGCUAUUAUGUCAUUUCUUCGUGUUCGGCACUGAGACCUCCGUAUUUAGAACUGCUGUGGAACGCUGCCAGCUUUAUGCUGUACUGGACAACAAGUGCUCGGAUUAUCAUUGUGCCAGUACAUUGGGGCAAAGAUACCUCACAAGCACUCCGGGUUAGUCACUAA